AUGAGUGGUAAGGAAUAUUAUAAAAACCUUUUUAAUAAUAAUAAGAAUGACAUCUCUAAUAGCUUAUCCGAGGAAAUAGAUCACAAAUAUGAUGAUGAAGAUAAUCUAGAUACAGACUGGACCAAUAGUAAUAAUAAUGGGGUAAAUCCUAACUAUCCAGAUGUACAUACAUCCUCACUAAAUAUAUUGGAAUCUACGGUUAGUCAAUUAAAGAAUAUAGGAUAUGGCAUUCAAUCCGAGGUUAGGCUACAUCUAGAUAUGCUUGGUGAUAUGAAUAAUAGUAUGGGCUCCACUGGUAGACGUAUUAAAAUAACACAGAGAGUACUUAAUAGAUUAACUGAGAUGGCUAGUACCACUACUCUUUGUUUAAUUGCAAUGGUAUUAUUUAUUCUACUUAUAUUGCAGUGGGUGAUCUUAUUUUAA